UCCCCAAAGCGCCACCUUUCACACUUCAAAGAUGGCGGCUCCUGCGAAAAGCUCGCCGAGGGAUGCUCAAGUAAUGGCAGCAGUUUUGAAAGAUAUGGGCGUUUUGGACUACGAACCACGGUUGAUUAAUCAAAUGCUUGAAUUUACCUACCGGUACAUUACCGAUAUCCUGGAUGAUGCUAAAGUGUAUUCAACUCAUGCCAACAAGAAGAACCUGGACACCGAUGAUGUCAAACUGGCCAUUCAGUGCAAGAUGGAUCACUCUUUCACUACACCUCCACCGCGAGAUCUGCUGAUGGAGAUAGCUCGACACAAGAACAGUCAACAGCUACCCCUUAUCAAGCCCUACUCACUACCACGCUUGCCACCGGACAGAUAUUGCCUCAGUGCUCCCAACUACAGGCUUAGGACACUCAAGAAGUCUCGAAUCCAGAUAGGAUUGCCUCAGUUUUCUUCUGGUUCUCCCAGAAUCAGCAUUGCUCCCAUGCAGUCAAAGGGCUCUAGUUCAUCUAGUCACGGUCUCACGGUGGUAUCAAAAGCACAGCCGACUGUGACUAUUAUUAGCAAACCUGCCACAGCCACUAUACCAAAACCUACCAUCAGAGUCAAUACAGGGAUGACAAAAGGCCUUCCCAACACCAGCGGUCAGAUCAUCACUACACGGCCGAUACCAACCAGCACUUUGUCCACUAUUGGUCAGCAGGGAGCAUUUGGAGGUCAGCCUGUGAUCCCUGGUGUGAUCCCUGGUGUGAUCCCUGGUGUCAACCCUCUCAAGAGGAAGCUGGAAGAUGAUGAUUAUGAUAAAUGAUGUCGAUAACUUGAUGUGUGGAAGAUCUUGAUUAUGACAAGAUUUGUGGUCAAUAAGCUUGAUGAGUUGGAGCUUGAAUUUGACAACUGGUGGUGUUCAAGAGAAGGAUAUCUGGAAGACUUUGAUUAUGACUGGUAGAUGUUGUAUCCGAUGAGCUUAAACUCUGUAGGAGCUUGAGUAUGACAAGUGGUGUGGUUCAAGAGAAGGAUACCUGGAAGAAUCUGAUUAUGACUUAUGUUCUGACCAAGGAGUUUGAACUCUGUGGGAGCCUGAGUAAGACAAGUGGUGUGGUUCAACAGAAGGAUAUCUGGAUGGGCUGUAGAGAAAAGUGGAAGAGGAUGGUAGUGACAAGUUGCUGAGGCUGGAGGUGAUGUGGUUUCAUCAGGGGAUGGAUGUCUGGAGGCAGUGUUCUCAAAUUACAGUGUCAAAAUAUCCUGCACACCCAGUUUAAUUAAGCUCAACUAGUCAACAUUACAGUAUAUCAAACACACUAAUGUUGCCUUAGGUUGGUACACUAUUACAUUGAGGCAGUGUUCUCAAUGUUGCACUGUCAAAAUAUCCUGCACAUCCAGUUCAAGCUCAACUAGUCAACAUUACAUUGUAUCAAUAAUAUCAACAUACAAAUGUUGCCUUGGGGUGGUACAUAUCUUAAUACACCAUACAUAACUAUACCAUACAUCAGCCAUUUUGGUAUGGGAUGUACAUGAGCUCCACAUGUAGUUGGAGAAUUUUACUUUACUCAGAUGCCAUUUUUGCUGCCUUCCUGAAAAUUCGAUUUGGGAGUUUCAAUUAAUUGCUUCAUAAGUAAAUGUUUGUUUUUGAAGGUUCAUACAAAAUAUUAGUUUUGUUGCAUUUUCAGCCCAGUUAAGUCUCUGAGGUUGCCACAUACCAUUAUGGAACUUAGAUUUUGAAUUCAGUUUUGGUGUUUAGGGUUUGUUUGAUAUUUUUGAGGUUUAAUCAAACUAAACCAAACAAAUGGAAAUGAGGUCGUUUUCUGCUUAUUUUUAAAUUUUGCAUUUUGUCUUGAGUGGCUGUGUUAGUAGUAUCAAACGGACAUGGUGGACAGGGGUAUGGUAUAUGAAUGUGUACCAUUAAAAUUUAACAUUUAUAAUGCAAAAGGGACAUCUGUACUUCACUGGUCCAAAAAUAACAUUCGCAUAUUUACUUAACUAUCAAUACAAAACUAACUGGCCACCAGGACCACUGCAAACUUAUCAUUGUGGUCCUGGUGAAUUUUUACUAGCCAAGGACCACAGGACCAGCCUUAAUUUUAAGAGCACUUAUUUUGGAAUGUCAGGGAAACCCAUUGUGUAGAUACUUGUUUUUAGCCCUUUCAGUAUCCUGAAAUCACCUCUGUGGGCUGUGGGGUAGCCUAAUGGUUAAAGCGUUUGCUCGUCGCGCUGAAGACCAGGGUUCGAUUCCUCACAUGGGUACAAGGUGGGAAGCCCAUUUCUGGUGUCUCCUGCCGUGAUAUUGCUGGAAUAUUGCUAAAAGCGGCGUAAAACUAAACUCACUCACUCACGCUCUGUUUUUGUUAUUGUCUUGGCUUCACCAUACUGAACACUCUUUUGUGACAAAUAUGGUUGGGGGGUGGGGUGGACUCUGUGUUUUCUUGUCAUCAUACUAUGAGGUGUGUCGUCAUAUUGUGUCUCUUGUCGAAUAAAACAGCAUAGAAACCUAAGUCAUAUCAUCUCUCUGAUACUGAUGGGUCGUGUUUCCUUAUACAUGAUCAAGUGUAUUGAUAAUGAUGAAGAAUCAUGUUUUAGGAUGUCCAAAAUCAUGUAAAAACUUUCAACAGAACAAAAUGUAUAUGAUCUAUAAAUUAUGUGACAUAGAAUCUUGCCAUGAUUAGAAUAAAUCCUAGAAGUUGUA